AUGGUUUUGCUGCAGGCACUGGUGUCAUCGCACGUCCUGGCGGGGCUUCUCGGCUCCUCGCUUCUCACCUUCCUCAUAUGUGUUGUUGAGGAGUGGCUGCACCAGCGUACGCUCAGACGGCAACUCGUCAAAGCCCCGGUCCUCAACCUCCAUGGCGGCGACUAUGACACGGCGAGCCGCGAAUACAAGGAGAAUCUUCGAUGGCUGCUCAAGACCGGCUACGACCAGUUCAGGAACGGCGUCUACCAGCUAUGGAGGCCCGACGGAUUCAUCACUGUCAUUAGCAACGGCUUCAUCGACGAGUUGAAGAGUCUACCCACCGAAACUCUGGACUUCCACGCAGCCGUGCAGACCAACUUCAUCGGCAAGUACGAAUGGGUCACGCUGGGAUCGAAUUUGCUAGCACAGACAGUUCUGGAGGACCUUACGCAGCAGACUUCUGCACUCCUGCCCAUCAUGGCCGACGAAAUUGCGAAGACGUUCGAUGAAGAGAUGCCCGAGUGCAAAGGAUUCACGCCAGUCACCGUGUACGAGUGCCUCACCCGCGUCGCGGCCAUUUUGACCGGACGAGUCUUCGUCGGCGCGCCCAUGAACCGCAACGAGAAAUGGCUCGAAGCGACAGUCGACUUCACACACGACGUGUACAUCGGCGGCUCGAAGCUGAGGAAAUGGAACUACCUCCUGCGCCCUAUCGUGGCGCGCUUCCUCGUCCCCGAGAUUCGCAAAGUCUGGAAGCACCAGGACACGGCACGACGCUUCCUGGUGCCCAUCAUGGAGGAGCGAGCUGCGGCCCAGAAGAAGGCCGGCUACAAGAAGCCCAACGACCUGAUCCAGUGGCUGAUGGACAACGCCGCCAAGGAGAAGACACCCACAAGCUUCGCCCGCCUCGCGGAGCUGCAGCUCCUGGCAAGCUUCGCCGCGAUCCACACAACCACGCUGACCUGCACGCAUGUGCUGUUUGACCUGGCCGCCAGACCCGAGUAUAUCGAGCCGCUUCGGGAGGAACUCGACGCCGUGGAAGCCCGCUGCGGGACACUCCACGAGAAGAAGGCCUUGAGCCAGCUGUCCAAGAUGGACAGCUUCAUGAAGGAAUCGCAGCGGCUGAACCCGCCGGGACUGCUAACGUUCCCGCGUCUCGUGCGCAAGCCCAUCACUCUCUCCAACGGCACGCUCCUGCCCGAAGGGACGCAGCUGAUCGUGCCGGCCGGGUACAUCUCGCUGGACAACGAAAUCUGGGAGAACGCCGAGGAGUUCCAGGGCUUCCGGUUCGCGGACCUGCGCAACGCGCGCGCCGAAGACGGGCACAAGCACCAGUUCAUCAGCACAUCGCCGAGCGCGAUGCACUUCGGCCACGGCCGCCGCAGCUGCCCGGGCCGCUUCUUCGCCGGCCACGAGCUGAAGAGCAUCCUCGCCCACCUGCUGCGCACCUACGACUUCAAGCUGGCGGGCGGCCCGGACGCGCGCCGCCCUGCAAACAAGGAGGAGAUGGACCUGGUCAACCCGGACGACAAGGCGCAGCUCUUGUUUCGUCGGAGGAAGGCGCGCGAGUAA